GUAUUUUUAAGCCUUUUCUUAUCCUCUUUUCUUUCUUUCUUUCUUUCUUUCCUUUUUAUUUUUUAUAUGAUCAAUAACUAUACUGUACCUACUCAAGACAGAGACAAUUAUGCUUCUGUAACUACAAAUCAAAUGAUGCCACUCGUGGCACAAUAUACAACACCAGAAUUUACAGAAUCUUCAAUAAAUAACAAUUAUUAUGCACCUCAUAUUACAACUGCACCUGUUGUAAAAAGCCAUCAUCCGAUUUCCGUAUUUACUGUGCCAAUUGGAGCUAUUCCGCAACAACAACAACAACAACAAAUAACUAGCUUAGAUCUCUCAACAACAAACAUGAUGAUGAACUCAAUGGACUUGGAUGAUUAUUUUACAGGCAAUAAUCAUAACCUAUUGAACAUGUAUUCUCCUUCUUCAACAACAACCAAUAAUUCCUCUAAUAUGAUGAUAGAUCAAGCUAUGUCACCUACUUCACCUCAGCCAUUGGAUACAUUAUCCAAUUUUCAUUCACAGUUGGUCAUGACAGAUAAUACUAUGUUGCCUAUCCCUACAGUGCCUCAUCCUAUCCCAUUUCAAGACGACCAAAGCAUGAUGUAUCACCAUCAUUUUCACCAGCCUCAGCCCUACCCAAAUCAUAGACGAACAUUGCCAAGAAGACAUACGGUAUCUACGCCUUAUACAACCACCACUCCCAUCAAACCCAAUAAACCCGAGCCUGUCACUAAAUCACGUAAAUCGUCCUUAAAGGCAAAACGACAUCGAUCCCUUGGUAAAAUAGACAUCUAUGCAUCCACCACACCACCACCUAUGCCUGACCUUUUAUCGGCCAAACUUGAGUUAUGGACGCAUGAACAAUUACUUGAAAGAGUGAUGGAACUCGAAAACGAACGACACCAUAGGAAAGAUGAAAGCGGCCAUUUAAAUACGAAGGCAAAUAAAGUUAGGUCUGCAUCACAAACAGAUACAGAGCUAGAAGAGGAAGAGGAGGAAGAAGAGGAAGAAGAAGAAGUUCAGUUAUGUAAAUGGGAGAACUGUUCAAUUGAAUUCAAGACAUUAGAUGAGUUGAUUAACCAUGUUAAGGCAGAUCAUAUUGGAAGUGGAAAGGCAAACUAUUAUUGUUGCUGGAAAGAGUGUCCUCGUAAUCAAAAGCCAUUUACAAAAAGACAUAAAAUGCAUAAUCACCUUAGGACACAUACAGGUGAAAGACCAUUUGUUUGUCAAGAACCAGACUGUGGAAAGAAGUUUUCUAGACCUGAUUCUUUAACAACACAUGCCAAAAUUCACUCUAAUAUUAGGCCCUAUCUCUGUAAGAAUCCUGAUUGCGGAAAAGCUUAUUAUCAUUUAAGAUCAUUACGUAAACACGAAAGGACCCAUUUACCUACUUCUUCGCCACCUCCCUUACCAACGGUCGUACAUACAACAACUUCACAUCCUGAUGAAUACAUGGUCGCACAGCCCUCUGAAGAAGAAGUCUUUUCUGACUGGGGAAUCUCUGCUCAAGCAGCUGUAUUUGAUGUCAUGAACAGAGAUACCUUCUUAUAAUCUUUUUUUUUUCAUGUAAUAAACUAUACAGAUAACAACAAA